UAGUUGUUAGACAGUCAACUGCCAUAUUGCGUGUGUCGAUACACAAGAAUUUGUUUCGAUAAUUAAUUUACGGUUUUUUAAUUGACAAUACCGAGGAGAAUUGGCCACUGUCGUUAUUCAUGGAAUAGUGAAUGAAUUCGUGGAUCUAACGGCGAUUUUUGGGCUCGAGCUGUCGCCGGAGGUGAACGAGUUAACGGGGUUUUAAUAGGAUUCUUGGAAAACACCUUCUGACCACAAAGAUUUACGAUGUCGGUGGGGCCGUAUAAUUACUCCUACAUUUUUAAAUACAUCAUUAUUGGUGAUAUGGGCGUAGGAAAGUCCUGCCUGCUGCAUCAAUUCACCGAGAAGAAAUUUAUGGCAGACUGUCCACACACGAUUGGAGUGGAGUUUGGCACGAGAAUAAUCGAAGUCAAUGGUCAGAAAAUAAAAUUACAAAUAUGGGACACAGCUGGACAGGAGAGAUUCCGAGCUGUCACGAGGUCGUAUUAUCGUGGGGCAGCAGGGGCAUUAAUGGUGUAUGAUAUCACUCGGCGUUCCACUUAUAACCACCUGAGUAGCUGGUUGACAGACACGAGGAAUCUCACCAACCCAAGCACUGUGAUAUUCUUGAUUGGCAACAAAAGCGACCUUGAGGGUCAGAGAGACGUGACCUACGAGGAAGCAAAGCAAUUUGCCGAUGAGAAUGGUUUAAUGUUCGUCGAAGCCAGUGCAAAGACAGGUCACAACGUGGAGGAAGCCUUUUUAGACACGACCAAGAAAAUAUUCCAGAGUAUAAGAGAUGGACGUUUGGAUCUGAAUGCUGCUGAGUCUGGUGUUCAGCAUAAUCCUAGCCAACCAGGUCGUACCAAUCUGCAAGGUGUCACCAGUGAGCAACAGGGAGGCAAGGACUCCUGCUCCUGUUAGACUUAUUAUUUUUCUCCUGUAUAUAGGCCCACGAAUUAAGCAAUUACAAGAAAAAAAAUUAAAUAACUAAACAUAUAAUACUUACACAGACUAUAAAUAAUGGAACUUGACGUCCCAAAAUUUACACGAACACGAUAAUAAAGAGAAGUACACUCGCCCCCUUGUCUGUCUGAAGGAAAAAAAAACUCCUAACGUCCAUUAAAUCUACCCUCUCUCUAGUGGUUAAAGAAAAGGCAAGCAAUGGUGCAAAUGAAUUAUUAAUUCUACUUACUUUGGAAUGAGAAAUUAUCCGUCUCUGGGAUUCAAUACUCAGUUCAAACAUUCGCGCUAUUGGAAAUCAA